AUGGCGGGGAGUGACGCGCACAGGAACCCCUGGCCCGGCCCCUCAGGAACCUCAGGCCCGGCCCCUCAGGAACCUCCGGCCCGGCCCCUCAGGGAACCUCCGGCCCGGCCCCUCAGGGAACCUCCGGCCCGUCCCCUCAGGGAACCUCCGGCCCGGCCCCUCAGGAGCCUCCGGCCCGUCCCCUCAGGGAACCUCCGGCCCGUCCCCUCAAGGAACCCCUGGCCCGGCCCCUCAGGAACCUCCGGGCCGGUCCCGGCCCUUCACGGAGCCUCCGGGCCGGCCGUGCCCUGGGCUCCAUCUGCCGGCGAGCGGCCGGCACGGUCCCCGAUCGCUGCUGAGACCAUCGGUCCUUCCCUGUUGCACUCGCUGACACAGUCCUUCCCAAGCCAUGGCACUGUCACAGCCCUCCGGAAAUUUUGUGCCACUGCAGGACAACAGCAGCUCAGCAUAGCACCAGUGAUUCCUCGUAGCAUUCAGUGGCUUCUCCUUCUCUUCAUCACCUGGAUGAUGAAGAACCAUUCCAGGUCACAGGAAGUUCGUUUCCAUGCAUCACCACAGUCAUAUAUUCACUACCAAGCUACAAUCAAUUUGAAAUAAUGAGCUACAGGUCAUGGUAAUUUCUGUUUUAGUCUGUUAUUGAUUCCUUGGGCUUUCCCCCACCUUUUUUCUCCCUGGAGAAUUGGUUUCAUUUCGGUUCAUAUGGAUACUGUAGCCUUCUUCAGUACGUAGGGAGAGAAUUGUUCUCCCCCAUGUUUUCAAGACUGGCCUCAUUGAGCAUAUUCCUUCUUUAUUUUUAGUUUUUCAUCAGGCAAAGAGCAAAAAAAUCAAAGCUUGUUUAUAGCCAUGCUGGACAGUUCUCCACGACAAUUGCUGCUCCAAGGCCUGAAUUGUUAUGAAUAGGACAAUUUGUGAUCUCUCCAGCCCUUCCCACAUUCAAAGCAAAUUGUUCUUCCCUUCUCAAUUCAAAGCAAAUUGUUCCCUAUUAUGGAUUAACUAAAGAUUUUUGAUAGAAAAACCUCUACGGAGGGCUCAGGGGGGCUGGCAAUGGAGAAGAAGCAUUAUGAAAUAUAAGAAUGAAUUUAACGGAGGGUGACGUUGUUAAAAAACACCUCUAAAUUAUGUAAUCAGUGACCUGGGCUCAAACUGUUUGUGUCCUUCCUCUCUUGCAAUCCUGCUGCUGUUACGGGUUUUGGCUUGGGAGAAAUAUUUUUCUGAGUCCAUUUCACCUUGAUGGAUUAUGAUGCCAUUUUAAAUGUCAAUUGAUAAUAAUUGUGCCAUAAAAAAAACCCAUCAUAAAUGUUAUCUGUUUAAACC